AGAAGACGAUGGGGGGCCGAGUCAAGACCUUCCUGCGGGUGACGGUGAAGGGAGACCUGAGGAGGACCGUGAGGGAUUUCUGCAAGAGGAACGGGCUGCUGACGCUGUCGGUUAUCGCCGUGCUGACCGGCUGCACGCUGGGCUUCAUGCUGAGGGGGACCCAGCUGUCCACACAGAUCUACUUCUCUUUUCCUGGAGAGUUGCUGAUGAGGAUGUUGAAGAUGCUCAUUCUUCCUCUCAUCACGUCCAGUUUAAUGUCGGGUCUGUCGUCUAUGGAGUCGAAGGCGUGCUGUCGGAUGGGGGUGCUCACCGUCACCUACUACCUGUGGACCACCUUCAUCGCCGUGGUGGUCGGCAUCGUGCUCGUCGUCAUCAUCAAACCCGGCGUGGGGACGGAGAUGGAGAGUAACCGGCUAGGAGGGGGGCCCGUCAUGACCUCGGCCGAUGCCCUGCUCGACCUUAUCAGAAACAUGGUUCCCUCUAAUCUGAUCGAGGCCACAUUUCAGCAGUACAAAACAGACCUGAUUCCCAUCCUCAAAGUCCCGACCAGAACCAUCCAGCCCAACUUCGUCUACAUUGUCCCUGAUGACAGUGACCCUAAAGGUCAGACGGUGUACCUGGAGCUGACUCCGGCCCCGGAGGUCAUGUACAAGACGAGUCCCGGCAGCAGCCAACAGAUGAACGUCCUCGGCAUCGUCAUCUUCUCUGCAACCAUGGGUCUGUUGCUGGGCAGGAUGGGAGAACGAGGAGCUCCGCUGGUCAACGUCUGUCAGUGUAUCAACGAGUGCGUCAUGAAGAUCAUCAACGCUGCCGUUUGGUACUUUCCUUUUGGGAUCAUCUUCCUGGUGGCAGGGAAGAUCCUGGACAUGCAGGACCCAAGCACGCUGGGGAAGAAGCUGGGCUGGUAUGGCAUCACCGUCCUCGCCGGCCUCUUCGUCCACGGACUCGUCCUCCUCCCUCUCUUCUACUUCCUUCUCACACGGAAAAACCCCUUUACCUACAUCCGCGGGCUGCUGCAGGCCAUGGUGAUCGCCCUGGCCACCUCCUCCAGCUCUGCCACGCUGCCCAUCACCAUGAAGUGUUUGUUGGAGAACUGCAACGUUGACCGUCAGAUCGCUCGCUUCGUCCUUCCCGUGGGCGCCACCAUCAACAUGGACGGUACUGCGCUGUACGAGGCUGUGGCUGCCAUCUUUAUCGCUCAGGUUAACGACUAUGAGCUCGACUUCGGCCAGCUUGUCACCAUCAGCAUCACAGCUACAGCUGCCAGCAUCGGUGCAGCAGGGAUUCCCCAGGCCGGUCUGGUUACCAUGGUGAUCGUACUGACAUCUGUGGGCUUACCGCCAGAUGACAUCACACUCAUCGUGGCCAUUGAUUGGAUUCUAGACAGAUUUCGGACCAUGAUCAAUGUCCUUGGUGACGCCCUGGCGGCAGGAAUCAUCGCCCACCUCUGUCGGAAAGAUUUCCCUCUCAGCGGAGCCGGAAAGCCUGUUCCGUCCUACGGUACACAGACUCCUAACGCUCACAACAACUCCCACAGCGUCGACGUGCCAAUGACGGAGAUCCACACACACAAAGACUGCAUGUUCGAAGUGAUGGGCGACUCAGUGGGCGAGAGGCACACACACACCGUCUACUACAACAUCUGUCAGGUUUGAAGGGACCGGGUGGAGCAGCUUCGAAACACUGCUGAGUCCGGGAGAGUCCGGUCAAAUCUCACAGUGCCAUCUGAACAGGGGCGUUGCGGUAACAGAGCAGGAAUCUUCUUCUUAACAUGACGGAGACUGAGGAGCGGCGACUGCUUUGCUUUCACUUUAGGUGACAGGAAAUGUGGUUUAUUUGGCCAAAAGUGGAUCGGAGCUUCAUUUGGAGCUUCAUUCUCUUACGCACUGUUGACAGAGCGUAAGGGGUCAAAGGGCAUAAGGACCACGUUAUCACUUUGUUUUAAACUCGCCAUCAACGGUAACUACCAAGCCAAUCUCAAUUUAGGUAGGUAGAUUUUGGAAAUCUGGCAGCGUCUCUGGCUGCGGUUGAAGAACAUUAUGAACACAAGCCUAAUCUGCACCAGGGGAUUAUGGGUAGCCAACACCCUCCUGGGAGUACCUGCAGCUUCAUCAUCUUGUCUGCCAGCGCCACCUAGAAGACGGAGUCACUUCAAGAUCUGCAGAGAGGAAGCUACAAACUACGCCAUCUACUGGUUCCAAAAAAACCACAAAGGGAAGUUUUUAGUGACUGAUUUUAGCAGCUUGAAAUGUCACAUUUUGUGAGUCUGAAGAACAGAUGAAACUGCAGAUAUCUGAUAUGCAUAUGUUUGGCAUUGGAGCCAAUCAAACCAUAUUUUAGUACAUUUUCGGCUCCAAUAAGCAGAAGCCAUUUAACCCCCUGUGGUUAAAAUAAAACCACGGUUAGUCCGGUUAAAAUUAAACCUUUUACGGUGACCGUCUUAGCUCUACAUACAGCGGUUAUCAUGACGGUUAUUAGGGCUGGGUAUCAAACCUCAAUGCCUCUUUGGUAUUGACCUAAAUGUGUCCUUACAACUGAGAAUCGACAUUUGUCAGAUACCUUAAGAUGGCAUCCAAUGGUGAAAGUCGUGAUCUUGUUGACCCAGAUAGUUCAGAUUAGUUCGGUGCCUGCGCUGAUCUAAGCGUUGUUCCACACUGUCCUGGUAAAGAGGGAGCUGAACUUGUCGGUGAAGCCCUCAAUUUACCAGCCGGUCUUCGUUCCAGCCUCAGCUGUGGUCAUGAGCUUUGGGUAGUGAAUGAGAUCACAGAUACAAGCAGCCGCAAUGAGUUUCCUUCGCCGGGUGGUUGGGCUCAUCCUAUACCGGUAUCACACCAAAUACUCAAAAGCACAUAGUGUAUGCAAAGCAAUCUGUGGAAUAAAGCACAGAACAGAAUCGCACAAAGCACCUAGCUAGGAUACCAAGGGCUACGUCGAAAUCUAAACAGUAACGAUAUUUACUUUCUAACCUGGUAUCGCUAUCCGCUCUGGUAUUUUCUGCUGGAUGGGUUUUCAGUGUAUUUGGGGCCAAAGUUCAAUUUUGGCCCCAAAUAAGCUUUUGGCUUCAAGACCGGUCAGAAAAUCAGUUUAACAAGAACAGGACCAAGGAUUUGGAGCACGGUACAUAAAUAUGGUGCACGAAAUAAGCGUUCAAUUUACUUUUCUAGCACGUGCACAGUUGGUGCACUUGUAGUGCAGAAAGUCUGCUUAUCAGAAAAUUGUACUGCUGGCAGACGUCCAUACUAAGGUCCGAGGGGGCAAAUGUCAAAUGUGACGCGGACCCUCGUGACUAUGCAGACACAGGAACCAUGAAUUGGCCGUUAGGGAAAAAGAGGAGAGCCCAGACAUUAGUUAGGAGCUAGAAGGAGAACCGCUGCUCUGUCGUGUCAAACGGAGCCUCCUGGACGUCGACACGGAACGCAAUGGGGGGAUUACGUAUCUCCACAGACUUCGCUGGGGACAAAGACAUCUGGACUAUGGUGACCCAGAACCUUUAGAGGGGUAGAAAGAGGUUGGAUGGAUGGUAUACAGAAGAACUUGUUUUAUAUUUCUCAAAGUAAGGCAUCGUUAACUGCGAUUACUCCUGUAACUCCAGUGAUACCCAGCCCCGACAGCGGCCCGUACAUUUGUCCAACUGUACCACGACUGAAUUCUGGUCCUGAUCCUGUUUUCUUUUAGUUGGAGAAGUGGAUCAGUACCUGGGUAAUUUUACAGAGUUUUUAAUCUACACAUCAUCCUUACUCAGACUUUAAAGCCAGAACAAAUCCGCCUUUUUGUUGGGAUAGAUUAUCAAAAGACACUACAGACAUCUUAAUAAACCACAGUAGAUCACAUUGGAAGAUUUUUGAAAUAUAUGGUGGUCAGCCUGAAGACAAAGCCAGAAGGCUUGGAUCCCAGAACCAUCUGGAUCCUGAAAAGCCAUCAUCUUGUGAUUUAUCUGGGAUCUACCAAAGGGACGAACUUCUUCGUGCUGCCUGUUUGUUCUGAGCACAUCUCUGUCUUCUGUUAACAACUCAGGUGUUACCACUUCAACACACCUUUGACUGAACUGUGAAUCUGAUUGGCCGGCAGCCACUGUUUCAGACUGACUAAAGGAUUAAAGGGUAAUCCGUCAGAUCCGAUGGCCGAAUGAAUCAAGUGCUCUUCAUCUUGCAGACUAACCUUCUUCCUCUUCUUCUUUUCUUCUUCUUCUAUCUCGUUUGUAUUUGACAGCAUGCUGGCAUGCGUUCCAACUGGCUUCAUUUGAAGUCGAUGUGCUUUAUUAUUUUGUUGUUGUUGUUGUUGUUGUUUUGACCUGAAGGUUGCAAAGAAAAACAAAGUGCUGUAGGGAUUAUGGGAAAUUUACCGGUCAGUUGCAGCUAACGUGAACAGAUUCUAGUUUGGGUUUCAGUCAAUCUCAUCCCUCUGCUGGGUCUACUAAAUAUUCAGCAUAGAUUCUGUCACUUUCAGAUGAUUUAUUGAUCUUGUCUGUAGCCGCAGAACCAACUGAAUUUAGUCACCUGAAUAAAGCCCAAUUCUUUUUAUUUUUUAUCUUUUUUGCACAAUUCUCUUGCCUCUCAGGCUCCUUACAAUUUUCCAAACCCAAACAGGAUGAUGUAAGAAAUGCACAUCAGUCCAUCAGUCUAAAAAUUCUGGACCCCGGCAGCUGUCAUGGUCGAAAAAAACAAAUGCGUGCAGACAAACUAAUGAACGGUACUUUUAGAUAUAAAACAUGAACUCAAAUAUGAUUAACUCUGCACACAAAUUAUUACUUCAUGACAAUAUUGUUGACGUUUUAACAAACAUUCAAGGGACGUCAAGGAAGAAGCAAGUAUAUUCUCAUCCAACCUGCAUUCAAAUGAAAAUCAACAGAAAAUUAAUCGUAAGCUAUUCUGGUGAUCAAUUAAUUGUUUAAGCCAUUUUUCAAGCAAAAAUAUGAAACAUGAUCUUCUUCUGACUUUUCAUAUGUGACAACUUGCAGUUUGUCUUUGUCCUAUAUGACAGCAGAUUAGAUAUCUUAGGUUUUCAGACUGCUAGAAGCUGUCAGAAAUUGUGAAUAUAAUUUUUUCACUCUUCUUUUUAAACAUUUGAUCGAUUAAUCAAUCAAUCGCCCUCGGUCUUACAUUGCAGUAAACUGAAUUUUUGGGGUUUUGGACCAUUGGUCGGAUGAAUUCACUGUGCGCUGCAGGAUAUUGUGCUGGGUGUUUUUUUACUCUUUUCUAAAGUGUUAUAGACAAAACGAUUGAUCAAUUAAUAGAGAAAAUAUUCAGACGAUGAAUCGAUAAUGAAAAUAAAUGUUAGUUGCAGCCCUAAUUGAGAGCACAAUUUCUUACUGUUUUCCUCUGUGACACCUUCCGGGCUCCAGAAAAAACAGGCCCCAGGUUCCUCAAGGUUUCUGGAGCAAUUAUCUCCUGGAGCUACACCAAAAGUAAGAAAUUAAUUUCAGCAAAAAUGCAGACAGACUACAGGGAUAUUUUAGACUACCCUGACUUUAUGCAAUUUUACUACUUUUUUUAUAAGAGGAAUUUUAUCCAAGUCGUCUUUGUCUCUGGUAGCAGGUUCAGCAUGCUUUGCAUGCUAACGUAAUUUUUUGGCAGUUAGUCUCAUAUUCGGUAAGAAAAGCAAUCAUAAGAACCUUCAAAAAAGACAGUGUAGUUUGUUCAUGAAGUCUUUAAAACAUAGAUGUUGGGGUUUUAGCCAGUUCACCUCUCAGUCACCACUUAAAUGUGUAUAUUACCUCAAGUUGUUUACAUAUUGUUUACUGACAUCUGAGAUUCGGGAGUCGUUACUUAUGACGUAAGUUUGAGGAAAAACUCGAGGUAACUAAAUAUUAACUGUGACGGAUUAUUUAUCAGCAGCAAAUUACAAGUCGAUUUUCAUAGAGCACUCAAAAAACUUGAAAGCUGGUCAGCAGUCAGUCUGAAAACUGAAGAUGGUCCGGAUGAAUUAAAAGUGUAAUGUUAAUGUACCAUUUGUAGGUAAGUGGCUAAAACAUGAAGCAUCUACGAUACGAUCCUGUAAACUCACUUAUAAUGAUUCAAAUACUUUUACUCUCUUGGUGAAGUGCUCGUUCAAGUCUUUCGGUGUGAAAGUAGUUGUAGUCUUGUUUCAGUAGAGUUAAACGUGAAAACGUAGACCUGCCUUAAUUCGACUGUCGACCCUCUGUUGUUUUUAAUCCACAAACCUCAAUGUCCGUCUGCCAACGCCCACCGUCAGCCCGACCAACUGCGGCAUGUUCGUCUUUCAGCAACGCACACUUUUCAUCAAACUGCAUCAUG